AUGCUGCUCAGAUUACAAUGGCCUUGUCGCCGCGUGCAUCACAAUGCUAAGUCUCUUGCAUCCAUAACUGCCAGAUCUUUUGCCUCUUCCACACCCCGUCGCAAUGAUCUAGCCACAUCAAAAACUCGUAACAUUGGCAUUAUAGCCCAUAUCGAUGCGGGCAAAACCACAACCACAGAGCGCAUGCUCUACUACAGUGGUUUCACUCGUAGACUAGGAGUCUUUCUCANNGACGUCGACGAAGGCUCUACUGUGACAGAUUUUUUACCUGCCGAGCGUGCCAGAGGCAUCACGAUUCAGUCAGCAGCAGUCACCUUUUCCUGGCCACCAGCUGCUUCGUCAGCUACCGAUCUCUCGUCCAACAAGGUUGUCUUGCCACGCUCCACUCAAAGCCACAACAUAAAUCUGAUAGACACCCCUGGUCACGCCGAUUUUACGUUCGAGGUCCUUCGAUCUCUGCGUAUCUUGGAUGGUGCUGUUUGCAUCCUGGACGGAGUCGCUGGUGUUGAAGCGCAGACCGAAAAAGUUUGGACCCAGGCUACCCAGUACCAGAUUCCCAAGAUCUUGUUUGUGAAUAAGCUUGAUCGUGAGGGUGCUGCUUUCGCGAGGACCAUCUCCGAGAUAGGCACUCGUCUGCGUGUCUGGCCGGCACUAUGUCAAAUUCCUUGGUGGCGGCCCGGUGACCUCAAACUCCAGGGCGUUGGCGAUGCAGUAGGUCUUCGUGCUUUGCUGUAUGAAGAAGGAGGUGAUGGCAAGACUUUGAAAGUGCACUCUCUCAAAGACCUGGAGGCCGACAACUCUGCUUUUGCAGAAGAGAUCAAGAAAGCAAGAACGGCUUUGGUUGAACUUCUCAGCGAACACGACGAUGAGAUGGUCGAAAAGUUCCUCGAGUAUGAUGAAGACCAUCUGGCUAUCCCAUCUGUCGACAUCACAGAAAGUCUCAGAAGAUGUACUCUGCAGCAGCCGCAGAAACUUGUGCCCGUGUUCUCGGGUGCGAGCUUCCGUAACGUUGGUGUUCAGCCGCUACUGGAUGCGGUUGUAGACCUUCUUCCUUCACCGCAGGAGCGACCUGAUCCCGAAGCUAGUGUUGGUCCUUCCAAGUUCGGGCUCAACGACCUUCUUUCAGGCAAGAACGCUUUGCCAGCAAUGAUCGAGGCCAAGAAGCAACAAAAGACCAAAGCGCUGGCUGCGAGCAAGAAUAUGUCUAUCAUCAAGAGUCUUGAAGCUUGUGCUCUGGCCUUCAAGGUCGUCACCGAUCCUCGUCGAGGUGUUCUGGUCUAUGUUAGAGUAUACUCGGGGUCCAUCACAAAGAAUGCUCCUCUUUUCAACACGAAUCUUGGCAUCACUGAAAAAGCACCUCGCUUGUUGAGAAUGUAUGCCGAUGAGGCUGUCGAGAUAUCCUCAAUCGAAGCAGGUCAGAUUGGAGUCAUUCCUGGUUUGAAGUCUACACGUACAGGCGAUACACUCAUCCUGUACAGCGGAGUGAACCCGAAGGUUGGCCCGCCUUCACCGAUCAACACUCUCCAACUGAGGCCGAUUACUGUUCCUCCACCCGUCUUCUUCACAAGUGUAGAGCCGAACAGCUUAGCCGAGGAGAAAAACAUCUCUGAGACGUUGGCACUGUUACUCCGCGAAGACCCCAGUUUGAAUGUGAGAGAGGAUCCCGAGAGUGGACAGACCCACUUGGCUGGCAUGGGUGAACUUCAUCUGGAGAUUGCUCGCGACAGGCUCAUCAACGACCUCAAGGCCAAGGCCAGAAUCGGCAACAUCCAGAUUGGAUACCGCGAGAUCCUCUCUGCUCCUUCUUCGGAUGCGACUGCAAUCUUUGACAGAGAAGUGGCUGGAAAGGCAUCUAAAGCUGGAUGUACUGCGAGCGUAACCCCUUUCGAAGAGUCGGAGCUAAAUGCAGCGGACGACCAUACGCAUGUGUUCGGCCUGUUGGACAACAACUAUCUGAUUUUGAAGACCCCUAAUCUGUACCCAGAUGGCUCGGCGACUGACUCUGAGCUACCACCCNUGCCCUCAACCUUGCCGAUGCAAAUGCUUCAAUCAGCCAUGCAGACUGGUGUUACAGCAGCCCUUGCGCGAGGUCCCUCACACGGCUACCCUCUCCACUCCACCAAAAUCACCAUUACCUUUGACCCUUCCGAACAUCUCUUCCAAACCACCACUGCUGCUGCCAUCGCUUCAGCGGCUCGUCUUGCAGUGCAAAAAGCUUUGCGCGAGGCAGCAGAUGCUGGAUCCGGUACUGCUCUGAUGGAGCCCGUCAUGAAUGUCACAAUCACCGUAGACGAACCCAGUCUCGGAAGCGUUGUUCACGACAUCAGCUCUGCCCGAGGAGGACAAGUCGUUUCCCUCGGCGCCGACGACGAAACCGGUGCUUUAGAGGAUGACGUCGAAAUCGAUCCGACAAGGAUAUACUCACCACCCGAUCCGUUUGGCGGUUCGGCGUCAAGUAUCGGCGCGGGAUCUGUCAGUGUAGGCAACCAGAUGCGUCAAAUCGUGGCAAGAGUUCCUCUCAAGGAGAUGGUGGGAUAUCUGAAGCAUUUGCGCAGUCUGACUCAAGGAAGAGGUACGUUUGUCAUGACUGUUGACAGAUUCGAAAAGAUGAAUCCGCAGAGGAUGAAGCUUGCGCUCUCUGAGAUGAGUGGUGGAUUCUAG